GCGAAAAUUAUUUAGCGUGAAGUGCAUGAGGUGAGAAUUGAAGGACAUACUGAAUGACUAAAUAAAAAUUGGAGAUCUAAUAGAAGCAAGCAGUCGCUUGGAGAAUAUAAAGUCGGACAGGAAGUGAUCAUAAACAAAAGUACACGACAAAGAAUUCAAGCGAUAUAGUCAGGCCAUACAUGGCUAGUCAUGGACAGCUGUUUCGUGCUAUUUGGAAACUCAUCAGCACGGUCUAAACAUGGCCUUAGCUACAACAACGAACGAAAGCUGGGCAAUUAUCCUCUAACCAGGAUAUAAGGUCUAUCGAAAAAAAAACAGCACACAGAGCCAUCUAUUACCAGAGUAGCGAGUAAACCGCAUGUGCUAUAUCACCAGAGUCGACGGCAUAUAGCGGUCACAAAGGUGACCCAGCUGUCUAGUGUGAACGUCUUGCUGUUUUCAUUCUCAUGGUGGUCUUGUUUCGAAAAAUCACAAAACAGCUGUCCAUGGUUAGCCGCCUGUUAAGAUUUAGUAAUUCCAACACCUGCAAAAUAAUGUAUCUACAAUGUUUUAACUUCUUUGCAUCAUUGAAACUGCACCAUUCCUAAAAUUCGUCGGGAUUCCGGUACGCGUAUCGCAUCGUGUUAUAGCCGCUUGUGAUCCUAAUUUUAAAAUUUGCACCAUCGAUGAUGUUGCGGGAGUCAAAACGAGUGUUCAAGGUAUAUAAUCUCAGGAGGAGUGCAGAAGCCAGUCUUCCGAAUACAUGCGACGACUCAAAACAACUGUUUCGUGUUACGACUCGGCCACCUGUGAUUUCAAGGAUUUUUUAAAAUGACUGAAGCACUCGAUGAGGAGCAGGUGAAUCUACUGAAGCGAGCUUUCUCGAUGUUCGAUUCAAGCAAAAAGGGCAACAUCGAGAAAGAGAAAGUGAGAACAAUCCUAACCACCUUGGGGCACACGUACGAUGAUGCCGAGCUAGAUGCACUCCUCGAUGGGGAAGAUCCGGAAGAUUCGGGCGUCGUCAAUUUCGACUCUUUCUGCAGGGUGGCCGGACACUUCUUAGAAAACGAGGAUGACGAAGCUUUGCAAAAGGAACUCAAGGAGGCGUUCCGUUUGUACGACAAAGAGGGAAACGGCUACAUCCCCACUUCCAGUUUGAGGGAAAUCCUAGCCGCGCUUGACGACCAACUGACGAAUGAUCAGCUCAACGAGAUGAUUGCUGAGAUUGAUACCGAUUCCUCAGGAACUGUAGAUUUUGAAGAAUUUAUGGAGAUGAUGACUGGGGACUGAACACUUCAGCCGACUACCUAUUACGUACAUUUUAAGUACCUACCUUGUGAGUUAUAUGUUUCCUAAUAAAUGUUAAAAUCAA